UGUAACGUUAUCGUUAAAUGUUGUCGCUGUGUAAAGAUGUCGAGCACUCAGGCUGAAGGCGUUAUAAGAAAUAUCAUCCGGGAAAUCGCGCAGACGUGUUUAAGCAGAGGACAGACUCUGUCCGAGACGCUCAUCGCCUUCACGGUCAAAGCUGUCGUGCUGGACCCCAGGAACCGCUUUAACGUGGACAGGACUCUGACGAAGCAAGAUGUGCAGAAACUCAUAGAGCUGUGUGUGGACAGACUGAUGGACCAGACGAGUCCCACGCUGAACACCAUUAAGAUGCAGGUUUACUUCGACAUGAACUACACAUCUCGACGUGAGUUUCUGGAGGUUCAGCAGAAGGUCCUGCGUUCCCGUUUGCCGUCGCUGAGCAGAGAGAUCACAGACUCUCGAGCCAAAACCAGAGAGGACCUCAAAAACCUGUACGGCAAAAUAGUCAGCUAUGUCAUCCAGCGCUGCAACCUCGGCUCGGCCACAGACAUCAACACCAUGAGAGAAACCACAGCGGCUCUGCAGAGCGUCUUUCCUCAGGCUCAGCUGGCCACCUUCAUGUCUCUGCUGAAACAAGACAAAGAGCAGCAGCUGAGCGAGCUCGCUCUGAUCGUCAGCGGCAUACGCCUCUUCAACAAGGACAGCAGGAAAGGAGGAGAGGGCAUCCAGAACCUGCCAGCCGUUCUGAACGAGACGCUGCCGGCCGCGGCCGCAGAUAUAGAGAGUGAACUGGCGGGAUGUGAGCGCUUGGCCUGGCAGUACACGGCCCUGCUGGAGAAGAUCUGUGAGCGCACCGAGUGCCCCGUCCACCCCGACCUGCUCAAACAGGCUCUGUACAACACACGACAGCACGAGGCCUUCCUCAGACUCAUACUGGCGGACAUCAUCCAGAGCGCGAAGGAAGUGACACGGUUACAGUCUGAUCUAAAGACUCGAAUGAUGCUCCUGAAGGACACAGUGCACACCAAGACCACAGUGCCGACAUCGCAUGUGUUUCCUCAUUUCACAGCACUGGCUUCGUUCUGGGCGGGACUGGAAGGCGAGAUGCUGCUACUGAGCAUGCUCACUAACGUGGCGUCCGGUCUGAGAGCGUUCCUAUCAGCGCAGUCUCUGCUGAGCCCAGAUCAGCUGGAGCUGCUGCUGCAUGGACUGCAGGUGCAAACGGAUGCGGACAGAUGCUCUGUGACAGCAGAAGAGCGUGUUGUUGAGUCGGAGAUGAGCUCGUGUGAAUGGUGUUUUCCUGAGAGCUCAGCUCACGUUGAGGACGUGCCUCUGCAGUAUAAGGGCUUCUGUGGCUUCACCCUCGUGAAGAACAACGGACUUUUACUGCCAGGCAAUCCAAAGAUCGGCGUCCUAAAGCACAAGGAGAAACACUACGCUUUCAGCUCCAGGAGCGCUGCAUACGAGUUCGCCUCUAAAGCAGAUGAGUUUAUAGCUGCUGCGGUGGAGACGGCGAAGAGACAGCCGGAGCUCAUCCAGCUGCUGCAGCUGCAUCAGGAGUUCGCCAGCGUGACGCCCUACUCUGAGAUGCAGUCAGGAGAGAAGCUGCUGGUGAAAUCCAUCUCUAAAAGUGACGCCAGCAUGCAGACAGAGACACACCCUCUGGAGACCAACAUUGUGAAGUCCUAUGAGUGGAACGAGUGGGAGCUCCGAAGAAAAGCCAUUAAACUGGUCACUGUAUUGUAA